CUCUCUCUCUCUUUUCUUCUUUUGUAUCCUUCAAACCAUACCAAUAAUCGCCGCAGAAGAAAUCCACAAGAACACAAAAGCAAACUCAUACAGGUGCCACGUCAUCAUGUUCUGCUCCCCACUUCAAUCUGAAAGCCUGGUGUGUUGUGCCUCCCGUUGAAUUUCUUAGAUGCUGUCUUUGAAUCUGUGCUACGACGGUUGACCUAUAUAUAUUCGUUACCAUACAACGCUGUACAUACAAACAAGCUAAAGUGAGAGAAAGAGAGAGACCGACGGAAAUGGGUAAUUCGUUUGGGUGCUCUGCGUCCGGUGAGAGGUUGGUAUCUGCCGCUCGAGACGGGGACUUGAUCGAGGCCAAAAUGCUAUUGGAAUGCAAUCCAUGCCUAGCCAAGUACUCCACCUUCGGUGGCCUUAAUUCCCCUCUCCAUUUUGCCGCAGCCAAGGGCCACAACGAGAUUGUGGCGUUGUUGCUUGACAAUGGAGCUGAUGUGAAUUCGAGGAAUUACUGUGGGCAGACGGCUCUAAUGCAAGCAUGCAGAUAUGGGCAUUGGGAAGUUGUGCAGACUCUUCUUCUCUUCAGAUGCAAUGUGACAAGGUCGGACUAUCUCAGUGGGAGGACAGCUCUCCAUUUUGCUGCUGUAAGUGGCCAUGCAAGAUGCAUAAGACUUGUUGUGGCCGACUUUGUUCCAAGUGCUCCUUAUGAAGCUAUAAAUUCACAGACAGACGGUGAUAGAGGUGAUGGUACAGAUGUUAAGAACAAAAAUGACCAAAGUGCUUUAUCAAAGUUUGUAAAUAAGGCAGCUGAUGGUGGUAUCACCGGUCUUCACAUGGCUGCAUUGAAUGGGUAUUUCGAUUGUGUACAACUCCUUCUCGACCUUCAUGCAAAUGUUUCAGCUGUGACGUGUCAUUAUGGAACGUCCGUGGAUUUGAUAGGAGCCGGAAGCACUCCAUUGCACUAUGCUGCUUGCGGGGGAAAUUUGAAAUGCUGUCAGGUCCUCCUUGCAAGAGGCGCCAGUAGGAUUACCUUGAAUUGCAAUGGGUGGCUUCCUAUUGACGUUGCCAGGAUGUGGGGGCGUCAUUGGCUUGAACCUCUACUGGCACCCGAUUCUAACUUGAUAGUACCAACAUUCCCUUCUUCUAUAUACCUAUCCUUGCCUCUCUCGAGCGUACUUAACAUAGCACGAGAGUGUGGAUUGCAGUCCUCAACAACCUCCUCUGAUGACACUGAUGUCUGUGCUGUCUGCUUGGAGAGAGCAUGUUCUGUGGCUGCUGAAGGAUGUGGACAUGAGCUUUGUGUAAAAUGCGCUCUCUAUCUUUGCUCGACAUGCAACAUUCCUUCUGAAUUGGUGGGCCCACCUGGGUCUAUUCCUUGCCCUCUCUGCAGAUAUGGAAUUAUCUCUUUCAUCAAAUUGCCAGGUUCCCCAGCAAAAGAAAAUAAACUACAUAUUUCCCUUGGCCUCUGUACCCCAUGCAUGCUUCACACUCAUGACCCUGACUGUCAAUCUCCAGUUCGUGCACCAGAGAUCCGAAAGAACCGUGUGGCUUCAGUUUCUUCAGAUCUAUUAUGUCCAGUCACUUGUAGCCCAUUUCCUUCUGUUGCCAUUCCUUUAUGUACCUGCAAUGAUGGUCCAUGCCCACCAUUUGAACCGCGGGUGGUGGAAACGCAAGAUCAAUCACCCCGUCGUUCACAAGCAAUGUCAAUGGAUCAAGAUAAGAUGGAUGGGUCAAGAUUGGAGAGAACUAGUUGUUCAAGCAUGUUUUGGGGUAGAAGAAGCUGUAGCAGAGAGCAUCAGUGCAACUCUGAAAUUAAUGCUUGACAAGUUCAGUUGUUGGAGGAUGGUCUCCAUUCUUCUCUUCUCAUAGAUAGAUUUUGUUUUUGUUUUUUUUUUAACAUAAUUUGCAGUGGUGCAAAUGCAAUCCGAGGUUGUGUCUGAUCUCAUCUGUCCCAAAAAUGAUGAUUAUACAUAAAUCCAUGUUUGCAUCCGGUAUUUGUUCGGUUGGCUACAUGGUGACAGAUGGGUCUUUUGCAUCAUUGUCAUUUUGACCACAUUUUGGUAUUGCUUGUUUUUUUUUUUUUUUAGUGGAGGGGUUGUGAAAAUUAUAUGUUGGGAUUGUAAUCGAGUGUAACUGAAUGUCAUGGAAGAACAGGAAUGAUUUUCUUACCAAAAAAAAAAAAAUUACCAGGCGGGGUUGUAUCCUAA